AUGGACGCCCUACGACACCUACAAUGCUUGGAGAAGAAUAGCACGCUCAGGCUGUACACCGCGUUCAUCUACCACUACAAGAAGUGGGCGGCGAAGAUGCUGACGCAGAUACGCGACAAGCUACCCCAUGAGCAACGACUUAGGCACGUCGACGAGAUCGGCCACUACAUCCGCGACAACAAGAAAAAGGAUUGGUGCAACGAGAAAGUGAUCCACCGACAGUACAUCUGGCUGCACGGCCCUAGGGUCACCGAAACCCGGCUGCGCGCCUACGUGAAGCAAAUGAGCCGUGAGUGUAACCUCAUUGUUGACCAGCCCGGGGAGGAGAACAAUGCCAUGCGAACGGGGCCUGUGAGGUCGACAACUGUGCACACGAUCCUCGGGCGCAUAAAGGCAUGCCAGAUGGCGGCGAGGGUGGAGGCGACGCUGUACCGAGAGAAGGAGCUGGGCAUCAUGAGGGAGAUCUCGGUGGUGAGAUCGGAGGUGCGGUUCAACGUCCGCCACAAGAACGAGAGGGACCUCAAGAACUGCGCCGACCGUCGACGCGGCACCAUCGGCGAUACCUACACCGCCGAGCAGUUCCGCCAGAUCAUGAUGAGGGUGCUGCCGACAUGGGCGGCGGCGGCGUGGAACCCGCGGGCUACCACUCCGUCGCAGAUGCUGUGGCGAUUCCUGCUCAUCAAGGUGCUCACGCUACUCUCCCACCACACUCUCCUGCGCGGCGCCAGCAUCCGCGAGAUCACGCUCCCCGACAUCUUCUUGUACCACCUGGCGAGCACCUCGGAGGUGAACCCGGAUAGCCAGCCGGUCGUCAUGGUGAUCGCCGCGCGUAACUCGAAGACUUCCAAGGAUGCCCGUCUUCAGCAGAGCUACGCUGCGCAACACCUGGAAGCGGAGCUGUGCGCCGUCGGCGAGACCGGCCUGUGGCUGCACUUCAUCCUCGACCAGAUCGGUCAGUUCUCCGGCACCGACUUUCUUUCGCCGCUUGACACCACAGAACGCGAACGCUGGUACAAGAAGCAUCUCUUCUUCGCCAGAAACGACAAGGAGCAGGAGGAGCUCUCCGCCGCCACCCACCAACGUUGGACUCGGCAAGUGUGGACGACCAACAAGGUGUUCUGCAAGAGGAACGUGCACGCCGCCCGCGCCGGAGGUGCGCAGGAGUUAGCCAUCGGAGGGACGCCGCGCGCCCAGAUCGCCGAGCUGGGACACUGGGCUCUCGACAAGAUGACGCGUGCGUACAUCACGGCCAUUCCCGUUGGGGUGGUGAUGCAGAAGGCCGGCUACUCGGGACUCAAGCAAGACUACUUCUUGGGGCGCAGCAGGGUCGAGCCCUCCGACAAACUCCUGGACCUGCUCGCCGAGCACAUCUUCCCCGGCGUGGAUGCUAUGCUGCGCGAUGCGGAGACGCGUGCCGUCAACGGGAGCGACGCCGCUGCAGCCGCAGUGCACUUCUUGCGCACCCUCGUGAUGUUCCGACGAAUCGUCGCCGAGGACCUCGCGGUGAAGCUCGUCCGCACACCGUGGCACCUGUACGUCCAAGGUUCGAAGCUCUGCAGGAUAGCCCUCUUCCAGCACUGGGCGAAAAGGGUCGAGUCGGUCGACACCGAUACGAUCAAAAAGCGCCGGGACCCGACUCAGAUACAACCGGAGGUGAGUUGCCGACCAUGUCGGCGUCGUUGA